AUGGAUCCCAUCAAGUACAUCUUCAAAAAGUCUGCUCUCAUUGGAAGGAUAGCUCGAUGGCAAGUUCUGUUGUCAGAAUUCGAUAUUGUCUACAUCACUCAGAAGGCGAUAAAGGGGAGUGCCUUGGCAGAUUAUCUAGCUCAACAACCCAUAAGCGAUUAUCAGCCUAUGCAUCCAGAAUUUCCUGAUGAGGAUAUUAUGGCCUUGUUUGAAGAGGAGGUUGAAGAAGAGGACAAGGAUAACUGGAUUGUGUGGUUUGACGGUGCGUCUAAUGCACUAGGCCACGAGAUUGGGGCAGUAUUAGUUUCCCCGGACAAGCAAUAUAUACCUUUCACGACUAGGUUGUGUUUCGACUGCACAAACAAUAUAGCGGAGUAUGAGGCAUGUGCUCUUGGGAUCCAAGCAGCGAUCGACUUUAGGGUCAAGUUACUCAAGGUAUACGGGGACUCGGCAUUAGUAAUUCAUCAGUUGAAAGGUGAAUGGGAGACCAAAGACCACAAAUUGGUGCCUUACCAGGCUUACAUCAGGAAAUUGAUGGAACUCUUUGAAGACAUAUCAUUUCAUCACAUUCCUAGAGAGGAAAAUCAGAUGGUCGAUGCCCUUGCCACUAUAUCGUCCUUGUUCAAAGUGAGCUCACACAGAGAUUUUUCGUACAUCGCAUUCAGAUGUCGUGUCGAGCCUGCACACUAUUGCUUGAUAGAAGAAGAGGAGGAUGGUAAGCCUUGGUACUUCAAUAUCAAACGAUACAUUGAAGACAAAGAAUACUUGCCUGGGGCCUUUGACAAUGACAAGAGGAUGUUACGAAGGUUGGCAGCCAGUUUCCUCCUGAGUGGAAACAUCUUGUACAAAAGAAACCAUGACAUGGUGUUGCUUCAAUGUGUGGAUGAAAGAGAGGCCUAA